UUAGUUUCAUUUCUAAGUGGAUCAGAGCCUUAUGAAGACAUAUUUCCAUCAUGUGGAUUGCGAAAGUGCUUUUAAUUUCCAUAUUCUUAAGAUUGGCGGCGGCUAAGAUCGGAUAUUGUCCGACAACAAAGUGGGACCCGAAGAAAAAAUCAAGCACAGUGAUACAAAAUUGUUGUUCCGGCUAUGAAAAAAAAAUUUCGAACGGGCGAAUGCAAUGUAUUCCCCGAUGUGACACUCCUUGUGGCUACGGGGAGUGCACCAAGCCGAAGGAGUGCACAUGCAAAAAAGGAUACGUCAAUUUUAACAAGCAAAAAUCAAGCCGAUGUGUACCCUUCUGCACUGGAGGAUGCAGCCGUGGAACCUGCCAAGCUCCUGAGAGGUGCGUCUGCAGAAAAGGUCAUGUCCUGGACAAAAAAAGCGGAAACUGUCAGCCAAUCUGCCCCAGUGGUUGUCCCAACGGCAGGUGUCUGGUGCCCAAUCGUUGCACUUGCAACAAGGGGUAUGAGUUGAAUGCGACGGCGCAGGUGUGCUUCCCAACCUGUAAGGAGAAUUGUGCCCGUGGUUUUGGCUUCUGUGCAGCUCCGGAUCGCUGUGAAUGCAAGGCGGGCUAUAAACCCAAACCAGGCUCCACUUCGUUCAUGUGCCAGCCUGUGUGCAAAAACGGAUGCGAUAAUGGCGUUUGUAGAGCGCCCGACGUUUGUGAAUGCAAGCGAUUUUUCCACAAAGAUGCUGAUAAAAAAUGUGUACCCACUUGCGAUCCAGAUUGCCUAAAUGGAAACUGCGUAAAGCCCUCAGUUUGUGAGUGUUGGUCGGGCUAUACGGCCAUCAGUCCAUCCGUCUGCUUGCCGGUCUGCUCCACAAGUUGCAAGCACGGAUUUUGCGAAGCGCCGGAGAAAUGUGUUUGUGACAACGGAUAUUCGAUGCAGAAUGGCUUGUGCACCCCUGUCUGCGAUGGUGAUUGUCAGAACGGCAAAUGUGAGGCGCCAGGACUCUGCACCUGCAACGCAGGAUAUGAAAGAGUCGAUGGGAACAGAUGCGCGCCUGUUUGUGACGGCGCAUGCGUAAACGGACUUUGCGCUUCUCCUGGAAACUGCAUCUGUUUCAAAGGUUACUUCAAAGAUAGCAAGGGAAAUUGUGAACCACUUUGUGAAGGAGGCUGUGAGAACGGGUUCUGUGAAUCUCCUGGAAAGUGUGCUUGCAACGAAGGAUACAGCAAGGAAACGGAGAACAACUGCGCCCCAAUUUGCGAGGGAGGAUGUAAGAAUGGAUUAUGUGAAUCUCCUGGAAAGUGUUCUUGCAACGAAGGAUACAAAAAAGAAACAGAGAAUACCUGUGCCCCAAUUUGCGAGGGAGGAUGUAAUAACGGAUUUUGUGAAUCUCCUGGAACGUGUUCUUGCAACGAAGGAUACAGCAAGGAAACCGAGAACAGCUGUGCAGCAAUCUGCGAGGGAGGAUGUGAGAAUGGAUUUUGUGAAUCUCCUGGAAAGUGUGUUUGCAACGAAGGAUACAGCAAGGAAACGGAGAACACCUGUGCCCCAAUUUGCGAGGGAGGAUGUAAGAACGGAUUGUGUGAAUCUCCUGGAAAGUGUUCUUGCAACGAAGGAUACAGCAAGGAAACAGAGAAUACCUGUGCCCCAAUCUGCGAGGGAGGAUGUAAGAAUGGAUUUUGUGAAUCUCCUGGAACGUGUUCUUGCAACGAAGGAUACAGCAAGGACACGGAGAACACCUGUGCCCCAAUCUGCGAGGGAGGAUGUAAGAAUGGAUUUUGUGAAUCUCCUGGAACGUGUUCUUGCGACGAAGGAUACAGCAAGGAAACCAAGAACAGUUGUGCCCCAAUCUGCGAGGGAGGAUGUAAGAAUGGAUUUUGUGAAUCUCCUGGAAAGUGUUCUUGCAACGAAGGAUACAACAAGGAAACCGAGAACAGCUGUGCAGCAAUCUGCGAGGGAGGAUGUAAGAAUGGAUUUUGUGAAUCUCCUGGAAAGUGCUCUUGCAACGAAGGAUACAGAAAGGAAACAGAGAAUACCUGUGCCCCAAUCUGCGAGGGAGGAUGUAAUAACGGAUUCUGUGAAUCUCCUGGAAAGUGUUCUUGCAACAAAGGAUACAGCAAGGAAACAGAGAAUACCUGUACCCCAAUCUGCGAGGGUGGAUGUAAGAAUGGAUUUUGUGAAUAUCCUGGAAAGUGUUCUUGCAACGAAGGAUACAAAAAAGAAACAGAGAACACCUGUGCCCCAAUCUGCGAGGGAGGAUGUAAGAAUGGAUUUUGUGAAUCUCCUGGAACGUGUUCUUGCGACGAAGGAUACAGCAAGGAAACCAAGAACAGUUGUGCCCCAAUCUGCGAGGGAGGAUGUAAGAAUGGAUUUUGUGAAUCUCCUGGAAAGUGUUCUUGCAACGAAGGAUACAACAAGGAAACCGAGAACAGCUGUGCAGCAAUCUGCGAGGGAGGAUGUAAGAAUGGAUUUUGUGAAUCUCCUGGAAAGUGUUCUUGCAACGAAGGAUACAGAAAGGAAACAGAGAAUACCUGUGCCCCAAUCUGCGAGGGAGGAUGUAAUAACGGAUUCUGUGAAUCUCCUGGAAAGUGUUCUUGCAACAAAGGAUACAGCAAGGAAACAGAGAAUACCUGUACCCCAAUCUGCGAGGGUGGAUGUAAGAACGGAUUGUGUGAAUCUCCUGGAACGUGUUUUUGCAACGAAGGGUACAGCAAGUACACGGAGAACACCUGUGCCCCAAUCUGCGAGGGAGGAUGUAAGAAUGGAUUUUGUGAAUCUCCUGGAACGUGUUCUUGCAACGAAGGAUACAGCAAGGACACGGAGAACACCUGUGCCCCAAUCUGCGAGGGAGGAUGUAAGAAUGGAUUUUGUGAAUCUCCUGGAAAGUGUUCUUGCAACGAAGGAUACAGCAAGGAAACCGAGAACAGUUGUGCCCCAAUCUGCGAGGGUGGAUGUAAGAACGGAUUGUGUGACUCUCCUGGAAAGUGUUCUUGCAACGAAGGAUACAGCAAGGAAACAGAGAAUACCUGUGCCCCAAUUUGUGAUGGAGGAUGUAAGAAUGGAUUUUGUGAAUCUCCUGGAAAGUGUUCCUGUAACAAUGGAUACAUUAAAUCUCCUGAAGGCGGGUGUAUACCUCUUUGUUCCAAGGGUUGCCAAAAUGGUAAAUGCGAAUCCCCCGAUGUUUGCAGAUGUGAGGAUGGUUUUACUUAUGAUGUGGAUGUCGGAAGGUGUGUGUCAGAGGAGGAAGCCUUCAGAGAAGUCGAGGAUUUCGCUGCUAAUAGGUGCGAGCACUACUGUUGGAAUGGAACCUGUCUGAAUGAGGAGUGCCAGUGCGAGAAAAGUUACAAGUUGCAUCGGGAUAUAGAAAACCCCGACCGAUUUUUAUGUCUGCCCAUUUGCGAAGCGAAGUGCGUCAAUGGGUAUUGUGUGUCCCCGGAAGUAUGUGCCUGCUUCGAUGGCAGUACUCCAGUUUCUGGCUAUUUGUGUCAACCAACUGAGGCUAGUAGUCCACUAGCACCAUCUCUUCAAGACAGUAAGCAUAAAAGUCAUCUGAAGUGGCUUUUUAUUGCCAUUGUGGCAGUCUCAACCACUUUGGCACUGCUGAUCGGCUUGUUGAUGUGCUUGCUCUACAGGAAAAGGACAUAUCUAGUGGAUAAUAAUGAAAAACAAUUCGGCGUAUACUUCUCAGCCAACAAGGCGGAUAUCAUUCGUGCCUAAUACUUACCUCCGUAACUAGCUAUCUCCAGAAGAACCGCUGUUGGAACCAGUAUCUAAUAGGCUUUAUUGAAUUUAAAUAGCUUAAGGCCAAUGUUCUUACAUUGAAUACAUUUUUUAUAGACCAGGGACAUCUUUACAAAUGCAGUAAAAGCCAAAUUAGAAUUUGGCCAAAUUAGCA